AUGACCCCAGUAUCCCUAAGAGGAAAAAUCUCCCGCAUCAACCCUCAGGUGGCGGACGGCCGCCACAUCAAAAAGAAACGGACGUAGCAUGCCAUCCAGAAAAACCCAUACCCGAGCCCCCACCCCACAAACAACAAAAAUGCCCGGCUACAUACGGGGAGAAAAAAUAGGGGCAUGGAGGCAGAAGGUGGUAUACGAUACCGCCGACGAUCAGCGCUGGCUCCUAGAUCCCACUCGGCGCCACUCUGCCUGAAGGUGUGGAAGCUCCUCCGGUCCCAUCGCUAGGUCGGGAAGGUCUGGGGGUGGUGGAAUUCCCAGACCCUGGAACAGACGCUUCGGGUCUCCUCCAGGCGACAAUAUGUGGGCUCUGCCGUCGCGAAACACCAUCAAUUUAAAGGGGAAGCCCCAUGCAUAUUUCAGGCCCGCUCCACGCAGAGCCCCAGUGAUAGGCCGCCAGUCCCUCCUCCUCUGUAGCGUCGAGGGGGCCAGGUCCUGGAAGAGAGAGAUCAGGGCUCCGUCGUGCCGGAUAGGUCCAUCCCUGCCCUUCUUCAUCAAGGCUUCCUUUGUCUUGAAAUAGAGGAAGUUUAUUAUAACAUCCCUCGGGGUGUUUGCAUCUGUCCUCUGCGUUUUCAUCGCUCUAUGUGCCCUCUCAAUAUGCCACUGUUCCUCCGGGAUGUUCGGAAGGAGAGGCUUAAAAAUUGAGAGCAAGAGCUCUUGCAGAUCUUCAUCCGGCCCUUCAGGUAAGCCCCUCAGGCGAAGAUUAUUCCUCCUAGAGCGGUUAGUGAUAUCCUCCAGGGCCAGGUCCAUGUCGACCACAUGAGUGGUCAUGCGGUUAACCCUAUCGGCUACCCCAUUGUGGGCCUGGGUGGUCGCCUCCAUGCGGUCUUCUAAUUUGGCUGUGCGCUCUCCCAGGGCGGAGAUAUCAGCCUGAAGUAUGGCCGUAGAUUUGGCGAUUUCCCCCGCGAGGAAGGCUUUCACCUCAGCCAGUUUUGCGAUUAUAUCGCUCUGAUCCGCAGACAGGGCAGCUCUAUCGGCGCCAGGCGAGGAGUGAACGGAGCCUCCGUCGCCAUCUUGGCUGCCUGCCCUGCCGUGACGAUGCACUGUAAGGAGGUCCAGAACGGAACCCCCGGGCUCCGUGGCCCUCUUAGCCUGCUUCUUGGGGGGUCUCCGUUCCAUAUUAGGGUAUCAGGGAAGAAGGGUUCGCCCAAAUAGAGGUCUCUAAUUGUAGCUUAUGGUGCCGGUGGAGCGGAGCUCUAGCAAAGCUCGACCGGACUCAUCGGCUGUCAGGCCACGCCCCUAGAUAACUCUGUUUGUUUGGUUGAGUGACUGUAUUCCUUCUAAGCUUUGACGUUUCUGCAUUGGCCCCAGGGGUAGACUAGCUUCGACACUCCAGAUGUUGGGAACUCCAUCUCCCCUGAUGCUUUGCAAGCAUUUUGGCUGUAAAAGCAUUAUGGAAGACGCAGUUCACAACAUCUGGAGUGCCGAAGGUUGUCUACUCCUAGGCUAGGCCGUGGACCACACAUGCACAGUCUGCAGCUUCGUUUCCUGUUCUCAUGCCGCAAAGUGAUUGAAAUUGAUAAAUGCAUCUCAGAACAAAUUGUCCCAAGCUGGUUGAUUAACAGCCCAAGUGUUCUUUCUCUGUUGCAGCUAUUUUUUUAAAAAUGAUGCUACUUUAGCUCAGUCUUAGCAAUGAGGGUGGAUUCAGGUUGCUCUAAGCUCCAUGCAUGUUGCAAUGAUGCAAAGUGCUUAUGGUGCUCAUAAUAACCCAAUAAGAUUUUUAUUUUUUUCAGGACUCUUAUUAUGUUUACUUUUUAGUGGCUAAUUGUCGGGUCAUUAUCUAGACAAGUCUUGUAGAAACGUGCAGAAAACUACAACAAGCUUGGGACCAUAUUAUCCACCAAUGCAACCAUUGUGUACCUUUAGAUGUUCAAAUGUUUUGAUCCACUAAUCCCAUAAUUCUAGAAACAACUAGGGGACCACAGUUUGUCACUCUUGUCCAAAGCCUUGUUUAACAUUGUGUGAAAUUUUUGUGAUGCCAAACAAUAAAUAUUCUUUUUUUAUUUCCGUUACAGCAUGGAAUGACGCCUCUGAUGCAUGCAGCCUACAAGGGGAAAGCGGAUAUGUGUAAAUUAUUGUUGCAACAUGGAGCAGAAGUGAAUUGUAAUGAGCAUGAACAUGGAUACACAGCCCUAAUGUUUGCUGGUCUUUCAGGUAUGAAUAGUCUUCAUUUAAUCAUCACACUAGACCCAUUAUCCACAACUGUGUGGCAGGCUGAGGGCCAAAUACACUGCAGAAUUACAAGAUUUCAGCCGAUUUGCUAAUUGGAUAUUUACCAAAGGGAAAUUUGUGGGGAAAAACGUUUACAUCUUAUGCAGUACCAUCCAGUCUCUGGUUUAAAAUCGGCAAUUCACAGAUGUUAAUUUCAUGUUAACGGGGUUAUUUAGUUAAGUGAGGCUUUGAAUCCAAACGAGCCAGUAAUUGACUCCGUAGACUCACUUCUAUUUUUUUAUUUUAUUUUUAUUUUUUUCAUUUAUUGAUUUUAGAACGAUUUCCUCUUAGUUCUCCCUCUACUAUCUGAAAUGCUCUUGGGUGCAAGGUGAUACCUGGUCCCAUCAACACCCACAACCGAGGGCCGGAUGGAAAUGGCAAUUUGUGGCACCGGAUUGACACGUUUUGCCAUUUCUGCGUGAGAUAAAGUAGUCUCUACUCUCAUUAUCAUGUGUCUCUUUCGAUUCCUUUGGAAUUUCAUGGAAAUUCAGGCAGUCGUUAUGAGUUCUUCAUGAAUAAUCUUUCUUUAUGAAAAACUCACAAGUAAUAGUGCCGGUGAUGCAAAGUUAGGUGAACGUUAUGUUGCUGUUUUGUUCGAUUAUCCCUCCUUUAAUUUACCUCAUUACUAGCUCUGCAGUGUUACACUUUUUGUAAUUGCAAAAUGUCAGCAUUGCAGUGCCCCUUUAAUAUUGGAAGGUUUAUGCAAGUGUGUCUGUGUUGUCUGCUUUUAAAUAUCACAGUCUCCAUGGAUUCUAACAAAAUGAAUCCUUUGUAUUGAUUGUUUCCUACUAACUUUGCAAAAGAAUAGAUCUUUGUUACUCUGUCUACAAAUAUUUCCAUUUUGUUUAGCAAUGUCGUUAAGCGGGUUUUUUUUUUGUUUGUGUUUUUUUAAACCCCUUAAGGACACAUGACGGAAAUAUUCCAUCAUGAUUCCCUUUUAUUUCUGAAGUUGUGUAAAAAUCUUUUCCAAAUAAGGCCUCAAUUUUAACAUUUUUGGAUAAGCUUUCCAAAUUAUUUAAUAUUUUUGGAUACAUUUUUCAAAAUCUUAAAAUAUUAAAAAGAUCUAAAUAUUUUCAUUAAAAAAUAAAAUUAUAUAUAUAAUAUUCUAUCAUUUUAAAAGUCUUUCACUAUUAAAUAAUGUAAAAAGCUUAUUCAAAUAUUCAUCUAAGGCCCAAGGACCUGCCACCUCUUCAUCUUUAUCACUAGAAUACUCCCUCCAACCCUCCCCCUUCCUGCUCUGCAAAACAACUUUACCAUGGUAAACUUAACCAUUCUACACCUGGAGACAACAUGUCUCUUACCUCCCUCCAAGGCCUUGUGAGGAAAGUACCUGGACUUAAAUGUUAAUACAAAAAUGUACGCACUACAGUACUUAUGUUUGAACAAUUGUUUGUACUCAUGUUUAAAGAAAUGUUUUAAUGGAAUGUAACAUUGUAAGAAAACAAUAAACACAAAAUUAAAAAAAAUAACUCUCUUCCUUCUAUUCGAUUGGUGUCCAUACAUGGGUGUCAAUCGUUCCCAAGAAGUAGAGUUUAAAAGAUGAAGGUGAGAGAGAGAGAGAGAGAAGAAAAAAAAAAAAAAAAGAAAGAUUACUCCAAGAAUCAUUAAUAGUACCGCCUGCUAUAUUGGUUAUGAUAGUUGGAGUACCUCGGUGCUGAUCCCCAGUAAGAGUGUAAAAUAUUUUGCAAUGGAUUUACUCUUACUGCUGCGGGAGCUGAUUCCUCCCCCCCACCUAAUGACAGCUGAACUGCAUCCAGCUACUGUAGAAUCCUGCCAUCCAUUCAUUGGCUGAGAGCUAAUGAAAAUAUCAAAAUUCUUUUUUAUUUAUUUUAUAAAACCUGACCGAUCUGAUUUAAGCCCUUUUGCAUGCCUGCUCCUGGUUUAUUAUCUACAGCGUAACCUGGGAAAUAUGUACUUAUUUAUUUUCAACUAUGUAGUAAACAGGGUUCAAACUGUGGUUUUUAUUCUUUGUUCCAGUUUCUGAAUGUGUUACUUGUACAUCAGGUCAAACUUGUACAUAAUUGCCAGUUUGCCCUGUACAGAUGUAAAGCGUCAUUGGAAAAUUUAUUUCUGAACAUGGCUUUCACCCAAAUGCUAUUUAGUCUACAAAUGCUCACCAUUAAAUAUCUGCAGAUUAUGAUGCAGGAUGCGAGAUUUAGAGGUUAUUUUACCCCCCUUCACCCUCGUUGGGAUAGAAAACGACAUUCCAUGCAAUUCAACUACUGAGGUGGAGAAUUAUUGAUUGUUGUAUAAUGUGGCAUAUGUUUGCAAGAUUGGUUUCAAUGUUAUUAAAUUCUAAAACUAGGGGGGAAAACCAAAUCUGUUUCUUCCUACCUUUAUUUUUAGUACCUUUACUUUAAUAAAUCAACCUGGGUUGUCAGUCCACCGCAUAUCAUUGUUAACACAGACAAAUCUCUGUGUGAACACUGCUACCAUGCUCAUUAAAAGAAAGAAUUCACAGCAACUUUUUAACGUUUUUUGUGUCUAUUUAUAUACAGGUAAAAAGGAGAUUGUCUGGAUGAUGUUGGAGGCUGGAGCUGAUCCUGAUGUAUUGAAUUCUGUUGGGAGAACAGCUUCUCAAAUGGCUGCCUUUGUAGGUAAUUGGGAUAAUAUAUGUUUUUACUUUUAAAUAAUUGUGGCCAUUUGUAGAAUGUGUCUCCGUAUAUUUGUCAGACAUUGUGAUGCCCUUAAUGUUUAGUUUGAAAUAUAUACAGUUUAAUUUAUUGCACAACAUACAUCCGCUUAACAAUUUUAAUGAGAGGCUCUAGUAGAACACCAGAUUGGAAAAUAAACCAUUUUGUCUCUAAAGUACUAUCAACCAUUCUUGACACAUGUCAAGGAUGCUUUGUUUGUGUGGUGUACUGUGUUUUAGGUGUGUAAUAAACAUUCUCACUCCAAUAACAUGCGAAGCCCCAUGCAUAUGCACGUGACUGGCUGUAUGUUUUGUUAUUUGUUAAUUUUAUUUGCUUAAUGUUAACUGAGGGAAAUAGCUACAACAAUUUGUGAAACCUUUCUCUUUAUAGUCACAAUUUGGAUAAAAAGAUCCCCUUAAUCUAAGUGAAAGAUGAUCUGUUGUUUGAGAAUGCUACACUACAUACUGAUAAAACAUAUCUGGUCACUUGUACACACAGUACGUUUUUCUGAAAUCUGUUUUACACAGAGAUAGUAGCUUGCUUAAACUCUUUCCUUGUUCUGUCGCACGUUAUUAUUAUUGUUAUAUUUAUAUAGCGCCAACAAAUUCCGUAGCGCUUUACAAUGGGCGGACUAACAAAAAUGUAAUCCUAACCAGACAAGUUUGACGCACAGAAACAGAGAUGUUGAGGGCCCUGCUCAAUGAGCUUACAUGCUAGAGGGAGUGGGGUAAAGUGACACAAAAGGUAAGGGUAGUAUUAGGGAAGUAGAUUGGCACAUCAAAAUCCAUCCAGCCUUCUCAGUAGCAGUUUUCUGGGGCUAUUUUAUGGGUUCUUAUCUGAUAGAGAGAUAUAUAUAUAUAUAUAUAUAUAUAUAUAUAUAUAUAUAUAUUAAUAUAUUAUAAUUUUUUUACUCCAUCCAUUAAGACCGUUCUUACAAAUAUUUUGGUAUCUGCUUCAAUUUCUACAACUUUCCACCCUGCCAUUUCACAUCCUGAUAGACAUAUGAGAUGCAGCAGAAAGGAUCAUAAAGCUUGCCUACCCCAACUUUCUAUAGGGAUCAUUCGAUUUAAACAUGACUAGGGUAUUAUCAAUUAAACCAGAAAACAGCUGACAAGGAAUAGAAAAUGUUAUUACUAAAUAACAGACUUGGAAAAGCAUCCGGAACUUUGUGGUGUUUUAUUAUUAGUGGGGUUUUUUUUCAGUUUGGCUAUCAAUUUUCCCAUACGUUUUCUAUUACUUAAAAAAUUUAGUCAAUAACCCCAAAAAUGUCUGUAAUUUAACUUUACUUACCUUUCUUCUUAAAUUUCUCCCUGUACCCCAAUUAGUGUAACCAUGGAUGGCCUGUAUCUAGCGACCUUACCCUGCCUAAGAAAAUUGUAGUCUCAUUAUUUUGUUUAUACCUUAAUGAGGCUAAACAUGUUUUUUCUUCAUGCUGCCUCUUAUCUUUAGAAUGUCGUUAUAUUAUGGUCCAUCCUCCACAACUGUCUUUUCCCUCUCAGAUUAUGAACUAUUAGAAGAAAGAAAUUGGCACACUAAUGUAUCCAUAAAUGUUGUACAUGUUUUGUAAUGUACUGCACUCCUCUACAGUAACAUUGAGUCUAGUAUCUGCUCUCAUUAUGUAUUGUGUACAGAUACAUUACAUGUAAAGAAGGAUACAAAGUUCACUUUUCAGAAUUCUAAAAUGGAGUCUCUGUGCUAAUCCCUCUUUACUCUGUUGAACAUAACUGAUCAAUUUUAUGGAGUCAAUGCAUUUAUAUGUUUCAGGCCAGCAUGAUUGCGUCACAGUAAUCAACAAUUUUUACCCUCGAGAAAAGUUGGACUAUUACACCAAGCCACAAGGGCUAAACACGGAACCAAAAUUACCUGUAAAACUGUCUGGUCCUUUGUACAAAAUUAUUACAACUACAAACCUUCAUCCUGUCAAGGUAAGAUGUCUUCCAAGUCCCAUAAUGCUUUGCUUUUAUUGGUGAUCAUUCCAUAUUAUGCAGAUCAUGUAGAAAACUUUUAGUUUUAGAUGGAAUGACGAACUGCAACAUGUUAAAAUUUGUGGAAUAGAUACUUAAGUAAAGUAGCUCUGUCACCCCAUGAGUAUUUCACAAAGAUCAUAUCUUUAUGAAAUAUCUUCAUACUUUUCAAUGUCAUUGAAAUUCCAGCACAGACAAGUGCAAAUAGUGCUUUUCAUACACUUGACAAAACUUGCCAAAAGGUGAAUCUACCUUUGUCAAGUUUUGUCAUUUUGUUCCAGCCAUCACCAGUGACCGCUAUAGGCAAAAGGCGCUGUCUAUGGAAGAUCGAACCUCCAUAGAUCUCAAAGUACAUGCACGAGAGAACAUCACUGACAUGGGCUCCUGGCAGAUGAAGUGCCAGGAGCUGAAAAAGACUGGCAAGAAAUGGAGCCCGCAAGUAACCAGUUCGGCUAAGUAUAACUCCACUUCCCCUACGGCCACCAGACACCGAACUGAACAGUCACCAUUGGGUGUCUUUGCAAAUUAUUCAAUGACUCCUGAUGCUGACAGAGCGGCUUUAAUAGUUCUUUCUAUGUGCUUGUUAAUUAACUCUGCUACAUAGUGCUGUAUAAAAUAUAUCAUGUUUAUAAUAUGGUUUACAAGGAAAGGGCUGCGCUUAAAAAGUACUUAAAAGGUAUUAAGAGUCCAGAUAAAGUUGAUGAAAAAAAGGAAGAGGAUCUUAUCUGACAAUGUCCGUAGUAUUUAGUCCGGAGCAGUAAUCUUGCUUUCUAUCUUCCUUUUGGGCUGUCUCGUAUGUAAGAGAUGAAAACAAAUACAGAUCCCAAAUAGUGUAGUAUAUCUUAAUAAAACGGGAAUUAAAAUAUAAGACUUGAAUGCAAACUCACAUUUCCAAGAGCUAGAACCUGCUCUGGUGUAAAGGGCGUACAGCGGUUUAGAUCCCCGCUUAUGGGAUAUGGAAUGCUUAUCCUUCACGUGCCUCGUCCUUCCGUAGAGUGGGAGAUACUCAAAUAAAAAGAGACAGCUAAUAGUGCUCUCUGUAUAAAACUGAAGAUAAAAUAUAAAAUAAAAAUGGAUACUCACAAGACAGGAGCAGGUCAACUGCUCCUGAUAUAUCGCGCUGGUGGAAUGAUCCCCACCUAGGAUUGCUUGGAGUCCAACGAAUAGUGCCAGGAAAUAAUAAUAAAUAUAUGUGUAUAGAAAGAUAAGUGGUACAAUAAAAAGUUACCAAAUAUACUUUAAUUAUAACAUUACACAAUAUAAAAAACCAUAAACGCGUUUCGCCAGUCGGCGUUAUCAAUAUGGGUAAAAAGCUUUUUACCCAUAUUGAUAACGCCGACUGGCGAAACGCGUUUAUGGUUUUUUAUAUUGUGUAAUGUUAUAAUUAAAGUAUAUUUGGUAACUUUUUAUUGUACCACUUAUCUUUCUAUACACAUAUAUUUAUUAUUAUUUCCUGGCACUAUUCGUUGGACUCCAAGCAAUCCUAGGUGGGGAUCAUUCCACCAGCGCGAUAUAUCAGGAGCAGUUGACCUGCUCCUGUCUUGUGAGUAUCCAUUUUUAUUUUAUAUUUUAUCUUCAGUUUUAUACAGAGAGCACUAUUAGCUGUCUCUUUUUAUUUGAGUAUCUCCCACUCUACGGAAGGACGAGGCACGUGAAGGAUAAGCAUUCCAUAUCCCAUAAGCGGGGAUCUAAACCGCUGUACGCCCUUUACACCAGAGCAGGUUCUAGCUCUUGGAAAUGUGAGUUUGCAUUCAAGUCUUAUAUUUUAAUUCCCGUUUUAUUAAGAUAUACUACACUAUUUGGGAUCUGUAUUUGUUUUCAUCUCUUACAUACGAGACGGCCCAAAAGGAAGAUAGAAAGCAAGAUUACUGCUCCGGACUAAAUACUACGGACAUUGUCAGAUAAGAUCCUCUUCCUUUUUUUCAUCAACUUUAUCUGGACUCUUAAUACCUUUUAAGUACUUUUUAAGCGCAGCCCUUUCCUUGUAUUCUUUGUGUUUUAUUUUAAGGGUUUUUGAGGGAUUCCCUUAUAGGGUUGCUGCUAAAUUUUUGUUAUUCAGCGCUUACUCAUUGUUCUGGUUUUAUAAUAUGGUUUGUCCACAAUGGAAUUUGCUAUCUUAUAUCUUUCAGAUAGUUUUUAUGGUAAAGGAGAACCCACUUUUGAUGGAAACAGAUGCUCUUAAAAAAUGCAGUAACGUGUUGGAUCAAAUCUGUGAAAAAUGUAUGAAGCAACAAGAUAUGAAUGAAGUUUUGGCUAUGAAAAUGCACUAUAUUAGUUGUAUAUUACAGAAGUGCAUUACCUACAUACAGGAGAAAGAAGAUAAACUGGACACGUUUAUAAAAAGGUGCUCCUAUUCUUUAACAUAAUAUGUAAUGUGUAAUUUUAAAAAUCUCUGUACACUGGGCUUUCAGCUUUCUGCAAGGAGCACUCUGGACACAUAAAGCACUUCAUCUUUUUUACAGUUUAUAAAAGUUCAAUUUCAUUAGAAAUUGGCAGUUUUAUAACUGCGGCAGAAACACUUCCCUGGCUGUCAGUCAAAUUGUCAGGUAAGUCGUCUUCUGCUUCCAUUAGCUCUACAGAGCUAACAGCAGUGGCAGGUAUGCUGGUCUAUGGUGUUUCUGCCUUCUUUCCUUCUCAGUGAGAUUUACUGUGAGACUCAGUGAGACACUAUUAUGUUUUUACAAAACAUGGGCCUCUCCUUGCCAUCUGGUCCAUUUGCAGGGCCUCUUUUUUCCCCCAGCUUCGAAUGUGGAUAACCCUGUUCCAUCCAUUUCACAAGCUUCACAGAGUCCUGGAUGAGUGUUGGAGACGAACUUCUGUUGAAUCAGGUAUCAGUUUAAUGUCCAACUGUUACAACAGAAGCUUCCGCACCCCUCUCUUUUUAUGUGUUUGAGUAUUGGCCAGCACUCCAUCGUUUUGAGUUCUUAAUCCUGUCUUCAGUCCUUUUCUCAAUUACUUAGAUUGCUAGCCCUAACCUCUGAACAUCGUCAAUAUAUUGAGUCAUUGUAUUAUAAUCGUGAAUAGGGCAUUGUGACCUUAGUGAAUACUGACCAUGUGUCAGGGUAGCGGUACGGACACCGGAACCCCUUAGUGCCUGAUGAGAAGUUAGGAGUCUUCAGCGUGGAAGUGGAUUAUCAGGGCCUGGUGCAGGGCAACCACACGCCCUUUGGUGUUGAGCACCAGCAUUUGUGCAGCCACAUACCAGAACCCUGAUGCAGCUACAGCGGAUGCCAGGAACUAGAAGCUAGGAAGUAAGCAGACCUCCCAGGAGCUGAAUAGGGAGGCUCUGCAACAGACAUGUAUCCAGUACAGAAACAAGGCAAGACUAGAGAUAGGCACCAAACAUGGAAACAAGACAGAACUAGUAGAACCCAGAACCAGAGAAGGAUAGGAAGCUAAACCCAGGACAUGUACAUAAUACAUAAGGGAACAUGAACUAAACAGGGGCAGGACAGGACUGUACAUGGACUGGGAUUACAAAAUAAAACAAGACAAAAUAUGAUAGGCAAAACAAGAGGAGAAAUAACUAGGCACUAUAUAUGAAAAGUAUGGGGAUUUAGUUACAUUAUAUGAUUAUACAUUGCAUAAGCCUGCUACAACGCCAAUGUACCCCAUAUUCGGCAGGCCCUACUCUGCCUAAUGUUCACUAAAAGAACCACACUAAACCACAAUAGCACUUACCUGCAAGAAAGGGCAGGACCCUGAAACAAAAAGGAAUGAUGGAAAACAAACAGGUGUGGGAACAUAAAACAAACAUUUAAAUGAAUCCAAGAGACUGGGAAACCCAGGGAUGGAAUAUAAGAAUGAACCCAGAAACCCAGCAUAAAGAAAACCAGACAUGGAAUAGAAAACCAGAAAAACUAAGCAAGGAUUGUAAAAAAAAGAGUACUGGAUACCAGAAGCCAAGUCAGACAUCAGAGCAGAGCAGAGCAGAGCAGAUCCUGACACCAUGCCAGGUCUCCCCUAGAUAGGCUGCCUUUUUAUUCAAUCAAAUUUAUAUUUAUAACCCUCCAGAAGCUUGUUAUCCUAGUACCCCAGUGUCCCUCAUGCACUCUUAUUUUAAAAAUUCAGGCUACAAUACUUUACAUUUUUUCAUGUACAUUGUGCCUGCUUAAUAUUGCACAUUAAGAAAAAGUUUUUAGAUUGUCUAGAUAAUUUUGCUCAUUACGAUCAGCUUGCUAAGACCUAAUAAGAUCAAAUGGUAUUUGUUGCCGUGUGGUUCUCCAAAUGUUAAUUUUAGAUUGCAGACAACACUUAACAGGAUCUCUCAUUUUUUCUGAAAAAUAUCAAAAAGAUCCAAGAUGUACAAUAAAUUAUACUACUAAAAGUAUAUUUGUAAACCAUAACGUUAAUAACUUCCAUCAUGUGUUUACCUUUCAGUUUAUUAAAGGGCAGAGAUUCUGAUUGCUUCCCAGUGUUCCAAGAAAAAUUAAUCCGAGAGAGUAUCAGGAAAUUCCCCUAUUGUGAAGCAACACUUCUACAACAGCUUGUGAGAAGCAUUGCACCUGUCGAAAUUGUAAGAAGAAAACGUUUACCUUCUAAAUUAGGACCAAGGCUUUGUACUAUGGCUAUUAGCAGAAAUAAUGUUAUAUAAUUGGUAGGAUAUAGUCUCCUUAGAAUUGUAUAUUUGUAUUGUAAUAGCAGACAUAUAGAGACAGAGGAGAAAGCAAACUAACUCAUCCUUGUCAGAAUUCCGUAUUCUGGUUGGCUGCCUGGUGUUUAAGCCAAUCAAAAUGCAGCUGCAUGUAAAAAGCUACCAGUGACCAGAAUAAAACGUAGACCUUAGUGAGCCAAUAAACAGAAAACGCAUGUCCUGCAACAAUGUUGACCUUCUAAAAAUUCGAUUUUUUUUCUAUACAUUUGAUGCUUCACUGCCUCUUUUAACUCAAACAUUUUGCCUAGUUACAACAUUUGCAUUUUUUUUCUGACUUUAAAAAUAUAAUGCUCACCAAGAAUGUGGUUAUAUUACUACAUCAACUAUUCAUGACCGUAUUGUUUUGUUUUUUAAUAAAAGGUUUAUUCUUACUUGGAUAAUUUUAACGUAGAUUUUAUUGGUGAUUGGAUCUUUCCCUCAUUAACCCUUUUAUUCCUCCAGGGAUCUGACCCUACGGCCUUCUCUGUACUGACCCAAGCAAUCACUGGCCAAGUGGGCUUUAUAGAUGCAGAAUUUUGUACGACCUGUGGAGAAAAAGGGGCAAGCAAAAGGUGCUCAGUGUGCAAAUUGGUAAGUUCAAUAUGCUCGUUCCUUAUAUAGUGUCACAUUCUAAAAUGAUGUUCUAUUGCUGUGUAUGUUUAUUACUCUCCUUACUCAGUACUUGAUGUUCUAGUGUCCAGUGCAUCUUGGGCUAUGGGAAGCAUUACUGCUGUUCUUGUCACUAGCAUUGUAUAACAUGGCAGGUCUGGCUGUAUCUUAGUGACAGGGAGUAUACGCUGUGAAUUAGAUGUACGUCUGGACACUGUUUCAGAACUGUUAUGAUUCACUUCUAUUAUGGCACUUUGUACCUUAUAUCCACAAAACAAUGUCUGAUGUGUUUGUGUAGUGACUUAGUGCAGUGAUUCUCCUCUGGUGCAGAUUACUGGUAAGAUUUGCAGGUCUAAGGACAAGUACACAGUGUGUACAUACAAUAUACAUGAUUCCACUGUGUGUGUGUAUAUGUAUAUAUUAAAGAGAGGAAAAGAGAACUCUUAAAGAUUGUUUUAAUAAUAACAGGAUACUUUAAUUCCAGCUUAAAUAGAGACUCUUAGUCCAAAACUGCAUAAUUUGUUAUUAAAUAUAAUUUAUUGUUGCCCCAAAAAUAUGAAUUUACUAAAAUUUGCACAAAUAUUUUUUAAGGCUUCCAUAGCUGCAGAACUGACCUCUGCAACUACAAAAGAUCUACCUCACUGUUCCCAAGUAUUUACUACUUGUUGAUGCGGAACAUUGUACAUUGAAUUGGGACAUCUGGUUGUUUAAUAAGAAGCCAUGCAGGGUUAUUCACCAACAUUUGACUUGCCUGGAACUCAACAUGAAUCUGAAAUUGUAGGCCAAAGUAACUGAUGUGUUUUUACAAUACAUCAUUGACUUGUAUGCACCAAUGAAAAAGUAUCGUAAAAAGUAUGAUUUAUAACAUUUGGCUUUGUUUUGAAGAUAAAGGCUUUGAUUUUUAUACAUUUUGUAUAUAGACUUCCAAACAAGCAGAGGUUUUUUUUUUUUUUCUCUUAUACUAAAUAUAGGGAGUGUUUUAUGCAGGAUCAACAUAGUACAUCUCUCCUUAAUUACCUUUAACAACCCCAAGCUUUUUUCUUAUCAGUACCUUUUCAGUGGUAGAUCAUUUUUAUGCAGCUCUACACAAUGACUGUUAAUGUAUUUUUCAUCCUAGUGUUGUGCUUUGCAGUUAUUACAUUCGUUUUAUAAUUAUAAUUUUAGAACUCCAUUAAGGUAAUUUUAACAAAAUGGUUUAAGAAGAUAAUUGAUAAGUUAAAAAAAAAAAGUAGUUUUGCAUUUUACCAUUCUGUUCAGUGUAGCUCAGUCCUCUGAUAAUUUUAUAAAGCCAGAAAACCUUUUAUAUCCAUCUACAAUUCUACAGUAUAAUCGCAUACUGGUUCCCGAACCAGAAUUAUUCUAAGAGGCUUAUUUACAAACCCCAAGCUGGUCUUAAUUUAACCGAAAAGUGUACCUUAAAAAUUCACACAGAAAACAACCCUUACUCUAUUAUUUAUUUGUAUUUUUUUUUAUUACAAAAAUGUAUGUUACAAAUAUUCAGACAAAUUUAUACAUAUUCUCUUAUAAAUACGGUAAUUUAUAACUGAAUAGAGACAAAAAAACUAAAUUUAUUGGUGAAAGUGCUUUGGGCACAUAAACUUUGCCCUAAACCGUAAAUACAUCCUUCUAAACCUGCUAACAUUGGGAGGUGUUAAAGGGACACUAUAUGCACCAAAACAAUGUUAGCUUAAUGAAGCAGUUUUGGUGUAUAGAUCAUGUUCCUACAGUCUCUCUGCUCAAUGCUUUGCCAUCCAGAAAUCACUUUGUUAAUGCAUUCCAAGUCAUGCCUCCCUGCAUGUGGUGCAUGUGACUUACACAGUCUCCCUACAUAUUUCCUGUAAAAAGAGACCUUAAUGUUUAAUUGUUGCAUGGUCUGUUUAACCCCUUAACGGCCGGGGACGUACUAGGUACAUCUGAAAAAAAAUGGUUAACGACCACGGAUGUACUAGGCAAAAAGGACACCUUUACUUACCUGGAUCGGCGAUCCCAGUCGGGGCGGACUGCUCGAGAUCCCAGCAGUCCCACUGCAGCAGCUCCGGCCACCUAGGCCCUCCAGGGCCAUGUGAUCAUCAUGAUCACAUGGCCGCAACAGGAGUCUAUGGAGCUGCCAGCAAGGGGACUGUCUGAGCUGUCAGGCAGUCCCCAAGGCUGCUAAAAGUGAAAAAUAAAUUAAAUAAUGAAAUAAAUAUAUUAUAUAUGUAUAAUAUAUUAUAAAAUAAUUAAAGCAUUUUAUAAUAUAUUAUGCAUAUAUAUAUAUAUAUAUAUAUAUAUAUAUAUCACUAUAAGUGUACUUUGAGAUAUAUACACACAAAUCUCAAAAUACACUUCUAAUGUAAUCAGAUAUAUAUGCAUUAUAGAUGUAUAAUAUAUUAUGAAUGCUUUAAUUAUUUUAUAAUAUAUUAUACAUAUAUAGGAAAUAAGUGUAUGUAUAUGUGUAUAUAGAUAUAUAUAUAUAUACACACACUUUUUUUUCCUAUAUAUGUAUAAUAUAUUAUAAAAUAAUUAAAGCAUUUUAUAAUAUAUUAUACAUAUAUAAUGCUUAUAUACAUAUAGUUAAUGCAAUUAAACACAAAUACACACACCAGGCAAGCCAUAAGACGUGCUCUUACCACAGAAAUCUCACUUUAACAGUGCUCUCACUAAUGCAAGGGAUUCUGGGUAGGCGUAUGCAAAUGAUCUCAACAAAGACACACACACACACACACGUAUUAUCUGUGUGUGUACACAUUCUACAUAUAUAUUUAACUAUUAAUUUUACAUAAUUAUUUGAUAUUAUAAUUGGAGGGACCUGCCUGACAACCCAGGCAGAGAUUCCAGAGAAUUUAAUUGGCAUGGCCUAACCCUGUAACGUUCCAAAACACCAUAAAACCUGGGGGGGGGGUGUUGUUAUACUCGGGAAACUUCGCUGAACACAAAUAUGAGUGUUUUACAAAGUAAAACUUAUCACGACAAUAUCACCAGUAAAAGUGCCGUUUUUGUUUAAAAAAACAAACAAACAAACAAACAAAAACGCUAACUUUGGCCAGUGUUCAUGACUAAGUGGCUACUACAAAAGACUGGACAUAAGCCAUUUUGAAUACCCUGGGUUGUCUACAUUUGCAAGUGGGAUGCCAUGAUGGGGUUAAUUCACAUUCCUGGGCUACCAGAUGGUCUCAAAAUGCAACAUAGACCCAGCAAACCAAUCUGGCAAACGGAAAUGGGCAAGCCCUGUAACUUUCCAAAACACCAUAAAACCUGUACAUGGAGGGAAUUGUUAUACUCUGGAGACUUUGCUGAAAUAUGAGUUUUUCAAAACCGUAACACACAUCACAGCAAUAUAAUUGUCAGUGAAAGUGACUUUUUUUGCAUUUUCACACAAACGGCACUUUAACGGAUAUUGUUGUGAUACAUUUCACUGUUUUGAAACACUAAUAUUUGUGUUCAGCAAAGUCUCCUGAGUAUACAAACCCCCCUCUCCCACCCAUGUAGAGGUUUUAUAGUGUUUUUGAAAGUUACAGUGUCAAAUAUAAGGCUUGAUUUUCCGUUGUUUCACAGUGAAAUUUGCCAGAUUGGUUAUGUUGCCUUUGAGAGCGUAUGGUAGCCCAGGAAUGAGAAUUACCACCAUGAUGGCAUACCAUUUGCAAAAGAAGACAACCUAAGGUAAAAAAGACUGGACAUACCCCAUAUUGAAUACUUUGGGUUGUCUACUUUAAAAAAAAAUAAAAAAAAUAAAAUGUACAUGUGAAGUGUGAUUCAGAGAUUGAUGACAGAUAAGUGUUACAAUGUCACUACUGAUACAUUUAAAAAAUGUAAAUUGUGAAAUAGAAGAAAAACAAGUUACCUGCGCUCUCUCCUUAAUCUCUAUGUAUUUUUAAACAAAUGGAGGUUUUUUUGUUACCUCCAAUGGUCAUGAGAGGAUGACCCAGGUGGGUCCUAACUAACCAUUCACCUUGCUUCCUUGAGCUUCUGGCAAAGAUCUCUGAGACAGAAAGGGGUAUUUUUUAUAUACACCCCUAUAUAUUAUUAACACUUAAUAGGGAACACAUGGGAUGGGUGGCUGCAUUGUAACAAGCCUGAGUGAAGGUAUCGUAUAUACUCGAGUAUAAGUCGACCCGAAUAUAAGUCGAGACCCCUAAUUUUACUCCAAAAAACUGGGAAAACUUGUUGACUCGAGUAUAAGAGUAGGAUAGGAAAUGCAGCAGCUACUGGUAAAUUUCUAAAUAAAAUUAGAUCCCCCAAAAAUUACAUUAAUUAAAUAUUUAUUUUUUGGAUAUAAUGAAUGCAGUGUGUGUGUGUGUAUAUAAUGCAGUGUGUGUUUAUUAUUAUUAUUUUAAUAUUAACUUUUUUAAUAUUGUUAAUAUUUUUAUUUUAUUUUAAUAUAUUAUUUACAUUUUUAUUUAUAUUUUUUUCGUCCCCCCUCCCUGCUUGUUAGCUUGCCAGGGAGGCAUGGGCUGUGUAGGAGGGGGGCUGGCAGCGAGCUGUAACUUACCUUUCCGGUCAGCUCCCCUUUCAGCUCCCACUGUAAGUCUCGCGGUGUGACUGCUGCGCGGAGACCCCGCGGCUCUCGCAAGACUUACAGUGGGGAGCUGACCGGAACGCAGGAGAAGGGAGCUGCAGGAAAGGUAAGUUACAUCUCACUGCCAACCCCCAACAGGACUGCCGGGCUUGUAAUGAGCCCGGCGGUCAUGGUCUGUAUUAUGGCAAUGUAAGUUGUCAUAAUACAGACAGUGACUCGAGUAUAAGACGAGUGGGGGGUUUUCAGCACAAAAAAUGUGCCGAAAAACUCAUCUUAUUCUCGAGUAUAUACGGUAACUUGUUUUUCUUUGGUUUUUACUAUAUAUUGGGGCUGAUGUGUACUGUAGUUUUUGCUGCUGCCCAGUGAUGGGAGUGAUCACAGGACUUAUCUUUCUGCAUUUGUAUCCAUUUUUUGAAUCACUCAGCCUUGUUACAAUGCAGCCGCCCAUCCCAUGUGUUCCCUAUUAAGGGUUAAUAUAUCUGUCAUAAAUCUGUCAUGGUUUUUACUAUAUAUUGGGGCUGAUGUGUACUGUAGUCUUUGCUGCCGCCCAGUGAUAGGAGUGAGCGCAGGACUUAUCUUUCUGCAUUUAUGUUGUGAAACAGCAAUGUCCUACUUGUACUUAUAGCCCUAUAACUUGCACAAAAAAAAAGCUAAGAACAUGUUAACAUUGGGUAUUUCUAAACUCAGGACAUAAUUUUGAAACUAUGUAGCACGGGUGUUUUUUUUGGCAGUUGUAGAUGCGUAACAGAUUUUUGGGGUCAAAGCUAGAAAAAGUGUUUGUUUUUUUUGUUUAGUUUUUUUCCCAUCGUAUUUUAUAAAAAAAAAAUUUUAUAGUAAAUUAUAGGAUAUGAUGAAAAUUAUGGUAUCUUUAGAAAGACCAUUUAAUGGUGAGAAAAACUGUGUAUAUAAUAUGUGUGGGUACAGUAAAUGAGUAAGAGGAAAAUUGAAAAGCGGUUUGGUCACUAAGGGGUUAAUUUCUUAUCUACUGCUGUGACUGGUUUUACUUUUUAUUUAUUAUUUAUUUAAUUUUCAUUAUUUCUUCCAGGUGAUCUACUGUGAUCAAAACUGCCAAAAACUUCACUGGUUUACACACAAAAAGAUAUGCAAAAUACUGAAAGAGAAAAGGGAGAAACACGAGCUAGAAGAUGCCAAAGAGAAGAAGAGGCAAGAAAAAUAUAAUAACCAAGGUCUGUGUAUUGGGAUUGUAUAUAUACAUACAGGCUUCUGUUUGUAUGAAAGAAAUUUCUAUAACGUUGGGAUUAUAAAUCUGUAUUCCUAUCGUUAUAGUCUUCCUGUUCCUAGUAGUAUUGGAUGUCCCCCACGCCUUUCGAGAUUAAAAGGGUUUAAAACCUUUUUAUUUAUUUAUGUUUAUUUUUAAACUUGCCUUGAUCCCGUUCAAAGGCUCCCGCUGCUGAUCUCUUCUCCCGAGACAUAGUAACGGAGGAGGACCUGUGUGGUCUCAUAGAGGAGUGGUGGUGGUUGCGGAGCUCGCAUUUAUUAUUAGGAAAGCAUUGAGUCAAUGCUUACCUUCGGGGCUUCCGGAUCACAUGACAGUGUUACGAAAGCCCCUAUAGUGGCUGUGAGUAUGCAGGGUUAAGAGGACAGGGACACUGCACCCCUACUACUUUAUUGAGAUGAAGUGGUCUUGGUGACUGUAGUGUUCCUUUAAGGGUUUUGAUUUUUUUCCCCUGCUUAAUUGUAUUUUAUUAUAAUACUAGGAACCUAGAAGCUUUAGUGCUUUGUGAUCCAAUGAUUUCUCAUGUCCUUUUCCUCUGUCAACAGAAAUAGAAAGGUCCUGAGACAAAGAAGCAGUUAAUUCUCCAAAGUUAUAGAACUAAUGUAAAAGCCCCUAACAAAUCCAAUUGGCAGCGACUGUUAAGUUUAAACAUUUCCCAUAGCAAAUUGGAGACGAGAAACACUGCGUUUUAAUGCCAUAUGGUAAAUACUUCCAUCACAUUGGAUGCAGCCGCUAACUCACUCAACUUGACACCUGUUUAAGCUUGUUGUGAAGCUGAAAAGACAAGUUAGUGACUGUAAACUCCCAAUAUAUCCGAUAGAGCAAAACACAUUUAUUCUAUAUUUAAAGGAAUACUCCAGAAAAAACACAAUUAUUCUAUAUUCCCUAGGCACCAUAACAACUGCAUUCUUACUGCAAGGGGUUAAACCAUUCUCAAGCGGUUUAACCCCAAGGUUGUCUCCAGUGUCAAUCAUCCAGCAUCUGAUAGUUCACUUUCAGCAAGCGUUGAGUGCUGCCGGGCAGGGGGCAUCACUGAUUAGCUGAGAGCGCAUUAACCCAAGAAAGCACCCUGGGCCUCCUGGUACCAUAACAACUUCAUUUAAUUGUGUUAUGGUGUCUAAACUGCCCAUUUAAAUGCUGAAGCCUGUGUAUAAGCAUAUUACUGUAUAUAGGCACAGUCAUUUUCACUAAAUUACUGUGAAGUAUUGCAAGUCACAGACACACUAAGGGGUUCAUUCAGUAAAAAGAAAAUUGUAGUAAACUGAAAACUAAGAUCUAAAGUUCUAAAAUAUCAAAGCGUUAACUCCUUUUAUCUUUGUCUAAAGUUUAAAAAUUGGGAUUUAAUUCACUAGGACUUGCUGUUGUGUGGAUAAUCCUUUAUCGGCGGUUUGCUCACAUGAUCUACCUGUUGUUGUUUUUAUCAAUUCUUAAUGUGAUGUGAGUCAUAGUUGCAGUUUAGCAAUGUUACAAAGUCUUCACUUAGCUAAAAUACCCCAUAGCGAGCAGGAACAUGAUUUAUGGCUGGAGCAUAAAUCAUGUUCCUGCUUGUGGUCCUCCACAAAUAAAGGUGGUGCUUGUAGCGGAAUGGAUGCUCUAGCUACUUUUUUAUUCCCUUUUGUUUCGGCUGUCUGUACACCCCUUGUUUGUUUUUAGAACCAAAUAUGUGUGUCCCCCCAGAUUCCUUUUUGUAUUUUGGUUACCCUGUGCCCAUUAUUGGUGCAGGGUAUGUUGAAUUGCUUGUCUGUGCCUCUCACCCUCCCCCUUUUUCCUGUCCUAUUGUUUCACCAGCAGGGCGCUGUCCCAGAGAUACUGCCAGACCAGUUUAAACCAGCUGCUUUGUCCCUCCUCAAUCUCCCAUAAGCCCUUACUAUUGUCUGACCCCACCCUUCCUUAUAUUAUACUACUCUAUGCACCAUUGUAUGUAAAUGAGGCUGUUGGGGGCUUUAAAUCAUGUGUACUAUGUCUAGUAAAGUCAGUUGACCCCCAGAACUCUGUGUCGUCCAGUUACUGGGGGAAAGUGCCUUGGGAUAUUUUAUUGUUUAUUUCAGCUACAAGCACUAAACAGGGGAGAUACCUAUGCUAAGUACUGGAGCUCCGCUACAAUGCUAAUCUGUAUAAUAACACUGCACCACUACGUAGUAUGAAACCAAGUUCAAAGCUACCUUGAAAAAAAUAUUCUAAGACCAAAUAUCAGAACUUUGUGUGUAAUAAAUGCACCAACACGGCAACGUGGAGCCCUUGUUCAUUUAUUUAAGCACAAUGUAAAUUCACUUUUCAUGUGAUGAUGGUAAAUAACUUAACUCUCUGUUUUUUGUUUUUUAGAUCUGUGAAGUAAUUUUAUUUUUUUUUACAUGUGAAAGUUAUAAUUAUCAUUGCUCGCAUUUGUGUGAAGUACUACCAAAUAAUACUACCUUGAAAUAUUGUUCAUAUAUAUAUUUGUAAUGAGACACAACAGGCAAGUCUUUUUCAAGGGUUUAUUUCGAAACCAAAAGGUGACAUUUAGGCUUCUCAGUUUUGCGAAAGGCUCUGUGUGUGUUGAAACAUAACCUGCUGGUUUGAAUAUACAUUAUUGAAAAUGACUAACCUACCUUGUCACUGGAUUGUCCUGUUAUACGGAUGAGUUUGGCUGCCCCCGACAAGUGAGACUAGUCUUUGGUCCUUUUAGCCAUUGGAUUUUCAAUUAAUUACAAUUUCACAGUUUAGUUAAUAAAUACACCGCAAAAUAUAUUACUCAAAGUGCAUUGUUACAGUUAAUUUAUAGACUGUUAAGAGCAGCCAGGAGUUGAAUAUGUGGGGUUAGGAAACAUCAGAGCAUUUUCCAGGGUACAACAGCAGUCUGCAAUGCCCUGUGAAAUACUGAUUUCUGAUGUGUUGUGUUUUUUUUUUGUUUGUUUUUUAAGAACAAUAGACAGAAAAUCUGAGAAAUAUAUAUAUAUUUGCAUAGAAAUCAAGCUAGUUAUGACGAGCAAUUCUCUUUCCCCAGGGUUGUAAACAAAAGCUGCUCAUUUAAAAUGUCAUUGGAACUCUUUAAUUAAUUUUUCUUGUAAAUGUCACUGGAAUAUUACAUUCUAAUAAUGGUAAACAUGUGAUUGGAUUAUUUUAGAACAAUGUGCUCUUCUACAGAUGCAUUUGAUGUUGAUCUCAAAAUGCAUUGGAAUGUUUAUAUAAUGCUGAAGAAUAACAAUCUCUGUUGGUGUUUUAAUAGAGACGUGUCACCAAAAUAUUGAAUAUAAUAAUGAUAAUUUAAAAUAAUCUAUCCACUCUGCUUACUAAUGUGUAAUUCAGGGGUUCUUCAGAAUUAUAUUUUAAAUACUUUCAGGAAUGAUGAGGAAUUAAAAAUGCAGAACAUAAAAAAAAAAACCCAAUAAAUUAUAAUUAAAAAAAAGAAAAAGUGUGUGUGUGUGUGUGUCUGCACUCAACAACUGCAUUCCUUUUUACUUGCCUCAGUGCAAGUCUCUGGCCAAAAUGCACAUACCAAGUAAUGGACUGAAACUUUCAUAUUGGAUUUGUAAGCUGUGUGCAGAGCAGUUUCAACAAAUACAGCAGUUUUUUGUUGUUUUUUGUCUAAAUCAGUCCUGUGAGUGUUACAUAGCUGAAAAGAGACUUACGUCCAUCAAGUUCAGCCUUCCUCACAUAUGUUUUUGCUGAUGAUCCAAAAGAAAGCAAAAAACCCAGUCUUCCAAUUUUUGCAACGAACCAGGAAAAAAUUCCUUCUUGACCCCCAAAUAGCAGUGCUUCUAGGUUUGUGUGUUUGUUUGUGUAUAUCUGUAUGUAUAUGUGUGUGUGUGUGUGUGUGUAUAAAAAUAUGUAUGUAUUUAUCAGUGUGUGUGUAUGUGUAUAUAUAUAUAUAUAUAUAUAUAUAUAUAUACACACACACACUUAUUUUUAAUUGUGUAUUUUUUAUUUACGUAGUGAUUUAAAUUUGCACAAAGUAAUUGCUUUUUUUUUUUUGCACUCUGUUUUCAGAGGAGGCCAAGGGUGAUGAGUCAAGUGUAUCAACGACGGAUGUCUCACUGGAAGGUAACACAAAAAUACCCAAAGACGCUAUCGUCAGUGAGUCACCUGGCACUGAAGAAGACAAAGAAACCAAAGAGCUUUCUUCCACACCUCUUCCCACAGAAGGCCCAUCAGCUGAAUCUAAUCUGUCUCACACACCCAAUGAAUCUGAAGAAUAAGGAGGAACUAACCUGAUCAGCUUAUGCCGCAUUCUGCAGACCACCCCAAUCUUCAUUAUUAUUUUACAUUAAACCACCACAAGUAUUUUUCUGAAGGCUUCUGGCAUGUAUAUGGUUUAGCAAGGUGUUUUUUUUUGGAUUUCCUCCCUCUACAUACUUCUUAAAUAGUAGACACUGCUUGGGUUAUUCACUAAACUCUGAAUUGCUGUGGACUGAAACUGGAUUGUAAAUUCAUAGCCGAGCUGUGGCUGAGCUGCAGAUUGUUUUUUCACAAAUCUGCUCUUUUUUCCUGGGUUUUGCAAUUCUGUUCUCAAUGCACAACAAAUUGGGAUGUAGUGAAUGUACACAAAUUGAGAAGAAUACAGGGGGAAAAAAGGAAAGACCGUAGGGACAAACCUGUAUGCCUUCUGGUAUUAUUGUUCAACUAGUAUUUUCUUAUUUGGUCACCUAUUAAUAUUGUACUGUUUGGAAUCUUUUAGAUCUGCUACUUGAUUUUCCUCUAAAUGUUUUUUUCCCAAGAUGUUAUACCUGGGGUACAAUUUUCUGUAAUCUGUUGAGGGUAUUCUAAAAAUUCUUCCAUGAUAACAAUGGAUAGAAUUGUAAAAAUGUCUAUAAUUUGUUUUGCGGGAUAUUGGAGCCCAUGUGAUACACGCGGAAUGGUAGCCAGCUAAAUGAAGAGCAGCCUAAAAAUAUUGCCUCUCCCAUAUCUUCCCUUAUUUUAUUUUAUCAAUGGGUUAUAGAUCAGGUCACAAAUAAGUUUUGCUUAUUUCCUUUUUCAUUUCCACAACAAAUUUGUUUUUCACUUCAUUAUUGUUCACAAUUUCUCUAGCUGUAAUUAUAACAGUGAUUUUCAUCCAAAAAUAUAAAUCACAUCAUCUUAAUGCACCGUGGCUUCCACAUUGAAUACAGUUUAAACCAUAGAUUCCAAUGUAACUACUCAUAUUAUGUAUUGGAUUUAUAGUGAGAAAAUCCAAAAAUCGAUGCAGAUCUAUGUAAUAGUCUUCACUGGCACAGGUUUCUAAAAUAUAUUUAAAAAAAUGUAAAAAAAAAAAAAAAAGGUAAAUAGAUUGACUGUCUGUGUCAUUUAGCAAUGCAAUAAGAAAUUGAACAUGUGAAAAUAUUUAUACAAAAUAGAUGUCUGUUUUGUUCGAUUUCCAUAUAUUAUAAUGUGCCCCCUGAGUAUUCUGACAUUCCGUGACCAGCAGUAGCUUCAUAUAAGUGAUCAAUUUCAAUGGUAAUAUUGUUGUUUAUAGUUUAAGAAAAUAUUGAUCCAUGUUUUCUUUAUUGAUUUAUUUCAUCGGUGACGGUUAAUAUGGUUUGGACUUCAUCUAUUUUCUUUAUAUAUGAUAUUUAGAACUUGUUCUUCCUUCAUUUAAUAAAACAUAUGACUACUUACCAGCCCUAUGAAAACUGGUGAUAAAACUAAAUAUUUUCAGACCUACAGACUUUAAAUAUAUUUUUAUUAAAGCUAGAAUGUAAAACAUGUUAGAUUGUACAUAUGCAGUUGCUUGCUAAAUUCAGUAGGUUAUGUUUUGUAUUUGUCACUUUGGCUUUUUUUUGUCGCCAUCUAGUGUCUGAAUAAAUGUCACCUGAAUGUAUUUCUUAAAACCUCAAUUUCAAAUACAGUCAAUGGUGUAAUUUACUCUGUUCAAUUAUAUAGUGUUCAUUCAAGGUUAAUAGUUUUUCAGAAAUGCUAAUAAAAGUUAUAAAUAUUAUUAGUUUUAGGCUUUUUCC